AAUGCCAAUAACAAUGGACUGACCACCUCAACGGAAAAAAAAUCAGAUACCUUUACAGCGGUUGGACAGCGCGAACAAUGACUACAAGAUGUCCAUACUGCCACAUUUCAUAUGCAUCAUUGCGUCUAAAGACCUUCCAUCGUCUGGCCAUCGAAGUGACUACCACUCUUCCAGCGCGCCGGAGCUUCAUGACAAGCUCUAGCUGCCACUUCCCCAAACCAAACCCUAACCAGAAGAAACGACAUGGAAAUCCAAGACGACGAAGAAUGCAAGAGCUCUCCAAGCUCGAGAGUCUGCACGCUGAAAUCUCCGGACUCGCUAAAGAGUUGAAAAGUAAACCACAAACUGCGCAAUCGUCUAGCCCUUCUACACCCACUGAAGGAGAAAAGAGCAUACCAGGCCUGCCUAUACAGCCAGAAGAUAUACCACAUACACAUGCGCCACCUUCGCAGUACCUCCCCAAAUCCCCCAUUGUCGCAAGACUAGAACAAAGGGGAAGCAAGUUGAAACCCCGUGCGGGAAAACAGGAUAUUGACCGCCUAAAAUACAACCCGUGGGCGCAGAUACUAGCAAGCCCUGUGCGCAUGUGCGUUGCAACUGGAGCCCGGAUACCAGAUAAACUGCUGGGAGACUGGGGCUUGGUGCAGCACCCGAAGACAAAGAGGUCAUGGAUCAUGCCUGUGGACUUGGUUAAGGAGGAACUGCAGAGAGUGAGCGCGAAGAGAAUGCCAACGACAUCAUCAGAGACGCGCGAUGGCGUUCCUGAAGAGGACCCGAUACUACCGCCUCCAUCUCCUCCGCCACGAUACAAAUUUCGUACCUUCCACAUGACGAGUAGCGUAGAGGUGUUGGAUGCGAUUUCUAAAAUGAAAGAGACUCAGCCGGGCCGUCUUAUCCCUACUAAUUGGAAAGUACCAAAGGGACCCUUGCAGCGGAAACCGACUUAUGUUUUUCGAAGGGACAUGUCAGAUUAUUAUUUGGCGCGGAUGAGGGAGAGGGUCAUGGCAUGGUUGAAGAAGGCGAAGGAGCUACGGCCACUCGGGGAGAAAUCGGGGGACUGGACCGUUCUAGACACGGGGAUAGAAGCUAUUGGAGAAGAAGGGCUGGAGGAAAAUUUGCGGAAAUUAGGAGACUUGGAGCAUGUAGCUUGGGGAGCGGUGUUUAUAUCGAGGAGGGCAGGGACGGAGGACACUGACAAUUCUCUACCAGGGGAAGAGUCAGCAGCUGAAGAAGACAAUCCCAACAUACCUUCUACUUCGCAAGUAGAAUCGACAGAUGAAUCAAGCCGUCCAGAAGCCUCUAUUGCUCCAGAAGCUCAUUCGGAAUCAGCCAAGGUAUUUCCCAAGCUACCUAAUUACGUCGCUCUGCCUGCCAUAGGCUCGAUAGUACCAGUGUUCGACCUCACUACUCUCCUGACAGAAGACCAGCUGAAAGAUCUCCGUCAUCAUGCAGAUAUAUUCCAACACCCUGCAAUCCUUUACCGGCCGGGAGAAAGAGCACCCUCCUCUAUGAUUUCUUGGCUCUGGAAUCUGAAACUUUAUAUGAUGAAGUAUGAUGGACCCUGAGAAGGCCGUUUUAUUCCCAAUCAUAAUGCAUGUAUAUAGUAUAGGAUAGGCAUUUCCAAAGCGAUAUUUAGCCAUUUCCCUUGCAUGGACCAAUGUAUCAUAACUAGAAAUGUAUAAUAGACGGACCGAGAGGAGCAUUGAAUUGAAGGAAGUAGUCUCCUUCGAUGAAGAUAGAUUUACAAGGAAUAAGUGUCCAGAAAUUAUAUUCUUUCAUCUAUCGCUGGUCUAUAUGGAGUAUCAUGAAAAUACUACAUGAGGUCUCUCACUCUCAUGACCCGUCU